AUGCGAAAGAAUCGUCUUCGCUUUUUCAUAUUCACCGUACUUUUGAUUUUUGAUGCUAAAUCACAACCAGCACAACAAUAUCCACAAGUUGAUCCACAUCAUUUUGGAGCUGAUGCUAAUCCUUGCUAUGAUCCAGCGACGUUAAGCCCGCAACGUUGUGUGCCAGAUUUCAUCAAUGCUGCUUUUCAGCGAGAAGUUCACGUGACAAAUACUUGCGGAGAGAAACAACCGACAAAAUUCUGCGUGCAAACGGGAAAUUCGCAGUUGAGAAGCGUUUGUGACACUUGUGAUGCUCGACAUCCGGCUUUCGCUCAUCCAGCUCGUUACCUUACCGAUUUUAACAAUGCCAAUAAUGCGACAUGGUGGCAAUCAGAGACGAUGAAAGAGGGAAUGCAAUAUCCAAACUCUGUCAAUCUUACGCUAAAUCUCGGAAAAACUUUUGACAUCACAUAUGUGCAUUUGAAAUUCGUCUCACCUCGCCCAGAAUCUUUCGUCGUUUACAAGAAAACGAAACCCGGUGAUGAUGAACCAUGGAUUCCCUGGCAAUAUUACAGCUCAUCUUGCCGUGCCACUUUUCAUGUCGCUGAAAAAGCUCCAAUUUUGCCUGGGAAUGAAGCAGUGGCUCAAUGUUCAAAAGAAUUUUCGGAUAUUUCACCGAUUACUGGAGGAAACAUUGCUUAUUCGACUUUAGAAGGCCGACCAUCAGCUCAUGCUUUUGAAGAUUCAAUCGUUUUACAGGAAUGGGUAACAGCAUCAGCAAUUCGUAUCCAAUUCGUUCGCAUGAACACUUUCGGUGACGAAGUUUUCGGAGAUCCGAUUGUUCUCAGCUCUUACCAUUACGCUAUCUCUGAUUUGGCUGUCGGUGGUCGAUGCAAGUGUAACGGACACGCGAGUGAAUGUGUGAAAUCGACUGGAGAAGGAGAGGCAUACAGAAUGGUCUGUCGUUGCGAGCAUAACACACAGGGAGCUGAUUGUGACGAAUGUCAACCAUUCUUCAACGAUCGCCCGUGGAAACCCGGCACGGCUCAAGAAGCUAACGAAUGUGUGGCCUGCAAUUGCACUGGUCUCUCGAAUCGAUGCUAUUAUGAUCAGGAUCUUUACGAGAAAACCGGGCACGGUGGGCAUUGCAUCGAUUGUCAAGGGAACACGCAAGGUGUCCAUUGUGAGGAAUGUUUGCCUAAUCAUUGGCGAGAAGCGAAUCGAAAUUACUGUAUGGAUUGUCGGUGCAAUGAGCAAGGAUCAUUAUCAACUCAAUGCCAAUCCGAUGGAAAAUGCUUGUGCAAACCAGGAGUUGGUGGACAAUAUUGUGACCAAUGUUUACCAGGGUUCUACGAUUUUGGGCCAAACGGUUGCAAGAGCUGUGAAUGUGAGGUAGCUGGAAGUUUUGAGAAUCAACCGUAUUGCGAUUCAAUGAAUGGAACAUGUACCUGUAAAAGUAACGUCGAGGGUCGUCAAUGUAACAAGUGUAAACCCGGAUAUUUCGAUUUGUCGACUGAGAACAUGUUCGGUUGUUCACCGUGUUUCUGCUAUGGUCAUUCAUCGAUUUGUGCCUCAGCUGAUGGCUAUUAUGCGGUGAAUGUGAGCUCACAAUUUGAUGAAGGCAAAGAAUCGUGGGGAGCUUUAUCACAUCGUGGGCCGGUGGAUGCGCAAUGGGCUGAGAUCGAGAAAGCGGUAGCUGUGCAAGAUGUCGAUGGAUCGCCUGUCUAUUUCAAUGCUCCCGAGAUGUUCCUCGGUGAUCAGCGAGCUGCCUACAAUCAGGAUUUAGUCUUCCAUCUGCGCGUUUCCAAAGAUGGAGCAAGAGCAAGCACCAAAGACAUUCUCAUUGUCGGUUCUGAGGGUCAGGAGUUGUCAAUUCCAAUCUUCGCUCAAAAUAAUCCCUCUCCAACAACGAGCUUUCAAGAAUAUCGCUUCAAAAUUCAUGCUGAUAAUGUUUUCCAGUGGAAUCCUCGACUAAACGAGCUCGAGUUUAUCGGAAUUCUCUCAAAUGUAACAGCAUUGAAAAUUCGCGGAACUUACACCUACAAUGAUGUUGGUUUUUUGAACGAUUUAUAUCUGGGAUCUGCUGGUUUGGCGCCAAGUGAGUUGGAUCCACGAAAAGCGCAUUGGGUCGAGCAUUGCGAGUGUCAAGAUAGCUUUGUCGGUCAAUUCUGUGAAUCGUGUGCUCCCGGAUAUCGUCGUGAGCGUAAAUUUGGCGGACCAUUCGAUCGUUGCAUCAAAUGUGAUUGUCAUGGGCACUCGGAAAGUUGUGAGGCUGAAAGUGGUGCCUGUAUUUGCAAGCACAACACUGCUGGAGAUACUUGUGAGCGUUGUGCUCGUGGUUUUUAUGGUGAUGCGUUAAGGGGAACUGAAGAGGAUUGUCAGAAAUGCCCUUGUCCUGAGGAUGGUCCUUGUGUUUUACAUUCGGAUGGUGACGUUCUUUGCACCGAUUGUCCAACUGGAUACACUGGAAGAAGAUGUGAUGAGUGCUCAGAUGGUUUCUUUGGUAACCCAAAGAUCGAGAUUGAAUGCAAAGAAUGCGAAUGCUCGGGUAACACCGAUCCAAACAGUAUUGGAAACUGUGACAAGAUCUCUGGAGAGUGCAAAAAGUGUAUCUACAACACAGACGGUUUUCACUGUGAAAAGUGCAAGGGUGGAUUCUGGGGUGAUGCGCUUAAAGUGCCCACGGGUGAUUGCAAGGCUUGUCGCUGUUUUGCUCCGGGCACAAUCCGUCCAUCAAACGAUUACACCGUUUUGGAGUGUCAGCAAAGUGAUGGGCAAUGUGAUUGUCAACCGCACGUCAUCGGGGCACAAUGUGAUCAAUGCGAGCGUGGCUUCUUCAACAUCACUUCUGGAUCAGGUUGUGAUUCGUGUGAGUGUGAUCCACUUGGAUCCAUCGAUUCCACCUGUGAUGUCGUGAGUGGACAAUGCAAAUGUAAACCGGGAGUCACCGGAAGGAGAUGUGACGAGUGUGCGCCUUAUCACUUUGGUUUCUCAGCUGAUGGAUGUAAACCAUGCGAUUGUGAGCCGAUUGGAUCUGAAAGUGCACAAUGUGAUGUGAAAAACGGUCAAUGCUUGUGCAAGGACAAUAUCGAGGGACGACGCUGUGAUCAGUGCUCAGAGAAUCGUUACAACUUGGAAGCCGGUUGUCUGCUUUGCGAUGAUUGCUACACUUUGAUUCAAUCACGAGUGAACAUUUUCCGAGAGAAAGUCAAGAAUCUUGACAAUACUCUAAAGGAGAUUAUCGAGAAUCCAGCACCAGUCGACGAUUCAGCUUUUGAUGAUAAAGUGAACGAGGUGGGCGCUCAAGUGACCGAAUUGACAAAUACGGUGAUGAAGAAAUUGGAAGCUGAUGACGCUCAAUUGGUCAAUCAAGUCUCUCAACUCAAAAAAGAUGUUGAAUCAGCGUUUGAGGGGAUAAAAAUGAUCGAUGGAGUGAUUGAUGGAGCAAAGGGGAAAACGGAAAGCACAGAGCAAGCGCUGAGAAGAGCAAAGAUUGUUAUGGAAAGUGCACGAAACGAGCUAGAGAACGCUUUGCAUUAUCUUGACGUUGAAGGAAGUGAGCAAUGGGAAAGAGCUAAGGAAGCGAGUCGAAAAUACGGUGAACAAUCAGCUCAAAUGUCACAAAUUGCACAGAAAACUCGUGAGGAAGCCGAUCGACAUGACAAGUUGAGUCUAGAAGUCGAAAAGCUAGCUGAAGAGGCUCUGGAAACGGCAAGGAAAGCUCAAAAAGAAGCACAAGAUGCUAUCUAUGGAGGUGAACAAAUCUCAAAGCAAAUUGAUGAGAUAAAGCAGAAACAGUCGGCAAUUAAUGGAUCGUUGACGAGGACUCGGGAAUUAGCUGAUCAACAGAGGAAAGAUGCUGCUGAAGCUAAUCAGAGAGCUGCUGAAGCCUUAACAACAGUUGAUGCAUUGAAGCCACCAAAUAUCGAUCCGAAAGAGCUCAAACUCGAAUCCGAGCGUAUCACUGAAGAGGCCAAGACGACACGGGCAAAUAUUGAUAAAGAAGUCGAAGGGAAUAAGGAAAUGAUGGAUGAUGCGGCUAGAGCACUGGCUGAAGCGAAUAACGAGUUGCAGAAUGCAAAGGAGCAGCAAAAGAUCUCUGACGAGCAAUUGGCUGAAGUUGAUGCAUCAAGAGCUAGAGCAACUGAAGCAAUUCAACAAGCUGAAUCAACACUGAAGGAAGCUGAAAGAACGUUGGCUACCCUGCAAGAAUUCAAUAACAAAGUGGAAACAAGCAAGGCAUCGGCUGAGUCAGAAUUGGCAAAAAUCGGGGAUAUUCAAGCGGAAAUCGAGAAAGCUAAGGAGAAAACAAUGGAAGCCGAAAAAGCGAUUGGUUCAGCAGCACAAGAUGCUCAAAGGGCUAAGGAUCUUGCUGCAAAAUCUGGAGACGAUGCAGCAUCUGUUGGAAAACAAGCUGAUCAGCUCUUCGAGGCGACAACGAAAACAAGAGAAUCGGCAAAAACAUUGAAAGAAGAUGUGGAAAGUUUAACUUCCGAGUUGUUAACGACACAAGAAGAGAUUACAACCUACAGGAAUCAAGCGGAAACUGAUAAGCAAAUGACUGGAGAGGCUGUUCGAAAAGCUUCUUUGGCUGAGAUGGACGCUCGAACGGCCAACACGACAAUCACCGAGGAAAGCGAUCAAAUCAAGAAGAUUAUCGACAAAUUGAAUGCUCUCGAGAAUGUGAACAACGCUGAGUUGGAUGAGUUGGAGAGACAACUCAAUGACAUCGAUGCGAUGCUUAAAAAAGCCGAUCUAGCAAAUCAGAUUCCCGCACAAAAAACGGGAAAAGUCGACGAAGAGCGCAAGAUCUCGCAGAUCAAAAUCGACAUCGAUACGUUGACAAAAGAGGUGGCAAAUCUCGAACAAAUCCGUUCCGCGUUGCCAAAUCGUUGCUUCAAUCGGGUGGCGCUAGAGCAAGAGGGACAAAAGAAA